AUGGCAGUCACCGUCAAGAUGAUCAGCAUAUUCCUCUUCCUUUCCCUCGUUUCUCAAUGCCAUUGCCAGUGCUCGUUGAAUAACUUACAAAUUGCACAACAUAAGGAUGGAAUUUGGAGGCAUGGAAAGCCAGAGUUUACUGUGACCAUAACAAACAACUGUCGUUGUUCUCUACAGAAUGUGAUUCUAAAUUGCAAAGAUUUAGAGACCACUGCGGACUUAGGCACUACUAUCCCAGACAUUUUGAGUGUUAAGGGUGAUCAGUGUAUUGUUAAUUCUGGUCGCCCUUUCAAAAAUGCUCUCACCUUCACAUAUGCUUCCGACAGCCCAUUUCCUUUCAUUCCAGUUCACUCUGAAACUGUUUGUUAG